CGAUCAAAGGCACAUUUGUGCUAUAGUAUGACGCAUACAGUAGCACUUCCUCGAUGACAAACACUACUGCAGUGUGUCACAUUUAAGACGGUAACUAAUAAGUGAACAAAAUACUGAACUCUGAGAAUGUCGGCAGUAUUGAACACAAUAGUGAACGGAACACAGUUUCCGUUGCAGUUCGAAUCCUUCAGCUGAAAACGUUGGAAAGACGCUCGCUUACUAAGUUCUACUUGUUUUUGCACUAACAGAAAAUUCUCUCAUCGUAAUAAUCGGUCUAUAAGACAAACGCAAUGAGAAAGUUUUUUUACUACUUUAUCGUGAACAUGGCUAUGUCCGACAUGCUGUCUUCAAUUUUCGUAUUUCCACAGAUUUUAACGGUGUUCUAUUCUGACUAAUGACCGAUCAAUGGUGCUAUUGGUCAGUUCUUUGCGAGUUUGUUCCAUUUGCAUCCGAUGUUUCCGUGACCAUUUCAAUGCAGAGCCAGGUUCUGAUGGCAGUAGAUCGAUUCGGAGCAGUGGUACACCCCCGUCAUAACCCACUCAUCAGUUCACAACUUUGCAUCCUCAUUCUCGCCACUUGGAUCACGGCCAGAGCUGCCAAUCAGCCAUAAACUUGUUGAACAUCCCGAUGGGGUCAACUGUCUCUGGGAAGGCUCUUAUGUAGAAACGUAUGCUGUAAUUGUGUCUUUUUUUUCCUUAUCUACCGCUCUAUACUCUAUCAUUUUCUUUAAGCUCAAGUCACAGAAAAUGCCCAUCUUUAAAUAUUUUCUUUUUUAAAAUUAUUUUUUGCCUACAUCAAAUAUUUGCGAGUGGUACUAUGGUAUUUGCUCUAAGAAACAUGUGUAUUGGGAAAAAAUUUAAAAUGGCCCGGAAAAUUUAAAAUUGAUUUUUAAUGUGUGUAAAAUAUUGACUCUCCCAGGACGAAGGAAAGCAAACCAAAGUCACAUCGAGCUUGUUACCAGAUCGAUUCGGGUCAAUAUUUGGUCACCACUUGUUCCGUCAAAGGUUCUUUAAAAUUAUUUUUAUAUCUGAAGUAGGAGGAAAAGUAAAAAGGAGCAUCAUAAAGCAUUUUAAUGAUAAUUGAUAAAUUCAUAUAAAUAGCAUACAGAUUUCAAUUUUCUUCGCACUUACAGAAUACCUGGAGACGAAACGAGGUCGAUAACUGUGAUUAGAUAUUUAUCUUUAGGUUCCAUUUGAACGUCAGCACUUCUUAAAAGCUUGUUGCGCAACUGGAAGAGUAAAUGAUGUUCCGAAAGGUCUCUUAUAUUCGGAGGCGCUAGUGAUAUCGUAAACAAACAGUGAUGUUAUUCAGGUGCUAUUGACCCAAACAAAAGUGCUGCUAACAAUGGGAAUAGAGGAGACAACUUAAUCACUCAAUAGACAUUAGAGAGUCUUUAAUGUCUUAUAAAAGAUAGAGAAAACUACUGGAGUUUUCGCCGAACACUUUGCGUAGGCAACAAUUGAUGAGAUAGAUUCGUAGCCAAGAAAAAGGUAAUUUAAAAAAAAAGGAAAACAAACGCCUUGCUGGGCUAACUAAUUUGCACAUAGUUUCUGUUUCCCACCGCUCCUAGGCACCUGAGUGAAACUGCUAUGUUUUUGUUCAAAGCAGAGAGCAAUUAAGUGAAAAUUUAGAAUUUAUUCAUAUUUCCAUCUCUUCUCUCCUUUUUUUUUGAUUACUUGUAAUGUCUAAAGCUCCGUGGGCGAAGUGUGAUACUGCAAUAAUUGAAUAUUCUCUUUAAGUUUCAUGUACUGACAGUCUGACGAGACAUUAAAAUUUUAAAAUGGGUUAAGGAAUAUUUUAAUUGCAUUCAGCAUAAAUUAGACCUAUCCUUGCAAAGAGUCAUUGAUCGAGCCAAUAGAUUAAGCCCAAUGAUUCAGGAUAAAACGAGUGUAUCUACAUGAUACACUUGCAAAACAGACCAAAAAAAUGCUGACAGCACCGUGUUACUAAAUUCGAUCAGAUGAUGGAUAAAUCCACUUCUUCAACACAAGAGGAGUUUGGAAAUAGCCCCGGCGCCAAAAUCAACAACGAGCAACAAUCAUUACUAAAAACCGAUGGGGCUGAUGACAAAAAAAGUGGGGAACUUCCAUAUGAGAAGUUGGAAAAAUGGCGCAAAACGACCAUUGUAAUUUGCCUGCUCUCAAUCGUCUUCACGGUUAUGCUCGGGUUUGGCGCAUUUGCAGUUUCAGAAAUAUCCGACAGCUCUUCGGCAUUCGCGGUGGCUUUGGACGCAAUACUGGCCGUUACUUCUUCUGCGUCUGUUAUAUGGCGGUUUUAUUACGGAAUAAACGGCGAGGGAAAAACUCAGCGAGAAUGGAAGGCUUGUAACAUCAUCGCUGUGUGUUUUAUCGUUUCGGGAGCGCUGGUCGCUGGGCGAGCGAUAGUUAGUAUCGUGUUGGACGAGGAACCACGGAAACCUUCAGUUUUAAUAAUCAUGUCAGUAGUAAGCUGUGUGGGGUAUUUUUUCCUCUUCUGUAUUAAACUGUGUCUGGCGAGGAAAUUAGACAGUUCUGCUUUGAUUGCGGAUUCUAUCGAUGCCCUCAGUGGCGCGGGAAUGUCGGUGGGUGUGAUUCUUAGCACGUUAGUUUUGGAGUUGAGUAGAUCAGCCUGGUUGAUAGACCCAGCCACGGCCAUCUUCAUUGCGGUUUUAACACUCAUUUACGGAAUUGAAAUUCUGACCAAGGUCGCGCGAGAAAAGAAACGAGUAAACGAACUGAAAAAAGCCGAACAAGAACUACAAGAGGGUAAUGACAUCUCAAAUGAAGAGGAGGAAAUAGACGGGAAGUAAAAGAUACCAAUUAGAACGGAUACUACAAGUUCUAGAAAUAUUUAGGAUUUUAAUAUUUUACUUCCUCAAGAUAUCGGUGAACCAACAGCAUUUCUGUUAGUCUUUAAUAGCAUAUUUUCGCCGCUUGCAGUGAAGAUGUCUUAAAAUUACCGCAUUGGGUGAUGCUGGGCAACUUUUUCAAAAAAGGUGUUAAUUUUUUUAUAUUCAUGAGGUUAUUUUUCAUUUUACCAUUGUAACUGACGUUUAAUUUGACCUUUAUGGCAGAAGAUAAUCCUCUUUUGAAGAGGGAACUGAACUUUUUUAUCACUUGUGUCAAGAAUUAUCCAAUACUAUCACGAAGAGGCACGGAAGCCACACUUUGCCUUGCUGGUAGAAUCUCUCACUGAAAGACAAUAAUAAUUUUGCUGUGUCGCUAA